UAACCGGCGCAUCUGGAUCGCUAAAUAAAGACGUUCAAGUUGGAAAUAUUGGAGUCUUGAUUGAUCAUAUAUCUAUUCCAAGUUUCGCAGGAAUUAAUCCAUUAAGUGGUCCGAACUUAUCAAUGUUCGGCCCACGCUUUCUAGCUUUAUCGGAUGCAUAUGAUUAUGAUCUUCGCGUUAAAGCAUUUAAAGCAGCGGAGAUACUGAAUUUUCCAAAAGACAUAUUGAAAGAAACAGUUUAUUGUUAUUUGGGUGGACCAACCUAUGAGACUCGGGCAGAAGCAAAACUGCUAAGUUCGUUGGGAGCAGAUAUUGUCGGAAUGUCCACCGUACCCGAGAUCGUUGUAGCCCGUCACAGCGGUAUCCGAGUACUGGGGCUGUCGCUUAUAACCAAUAUGGUGGUCAUCGGGAACGCAAAAAGCGCGAAUCCGGCGACGCGUAAUGCUUAUGUGACCGAUGAGCCACCGGUAAAUCAUGAAGAAGUUAUUGCAGUUGGCGAAAAAAGAGCCUCGGAUAUGAGAAAUUUU